AAAGGCCUGUUUGGUUUUCAGGGUUGCCCUUCUUUUCCCUCUUUCCUCUUUGAACAGAUCUCUACUGCACCUGCUCUGCUCACUUCGUGAUUUACGAUCGGAAUCCAAGAUGCAAGCUCCAGUUCUCGUCCUCAAAGAUUCUCUAAAGCGGGAGUCUGGAAGCAAGGUGCACCAUGCCAACAUCCAAGCAUCCAAGGCAGUUGCAGAUAUUAUUCGUACUACUUUGGGUCCACGGUCAAUGCUGAAGAUGUUGCUUGAUGCUGCUGGAGGCAUUGUAGUGACAAAUGAUGGAAAUGCUAUUCUUCGUGAAUUAGAUGUUGCCCACCCUGCAGCCAAGUCCAUGAUUGAACUUAGCCGAACUCAGGAUGAGGAGGUAGGAGAUGGGACAACGUCUGUAAUUGUUCUUGCUGGUGAGAUGCUCCAUGUUGCAGAAGCCUUUAUUGAAAAGAACUAUCAUCCUACAGUCAUCUGUCGAGCUUAUAAUAAAGCGUUAGAGGAUGCUAUUGCUGUUCUUGACAAAAUUGCAAUGAAUGUUGAUUUAAAGGAUCGUGCAGCUAUGCUUGGACUUGUUAAGAGCUGUAUUGGAACAAAAUUUACAAGUCAAUUUGGAGAUCUUAUUGCUGACUUAGCAAUAGAUGCUACUACCACAGUAGGUGUGAGUAUUGGACAAGGACUGCGUGAGGUGGAUAUAAAAAAGUACAUUAAAGUUGAGAAGGUUCCUGGUGGUCAGUUGGAGGACUCCAAAGUUUUGAAAGGAGUCAUGAUAAAUAAGGAUGUUGUGGUUCCUGGUAAAAUGAAAAGGAAGAUACUAAAUCCAAGAAUUAUUUUGCUUGAUUGUCCUCUUGAGUACAAGAAAGGUGAAAACCAAACCAAUGCUGAGUUGCUAAGGGAAGAAGAUUGGAGCGUCCUUCUGAAAAUGGAAGAGGAAUACAUUGAGAACAUGUGCAUGCAGAUACUAAAGUUCAAGCCAGAUCUAGUGAUAACUGAAAAGGGGCUCAGCGAUCUGGCUUGCCAUUAUCUUAGCAAGGCUGGUGUCAGUGCAAUCAGAAGACUGAGGAAAACAGACAACAACAGAGUUGCAAAGGCUUGUGGAGCAGUGAUUGUCAACAGACCUGAUGAAUUACAGGAAUCUGAUGUUGGUACUGGUGCCGGGCUCUUUGAGGUGCGGAAAAUUGGUGAUGAGUUCUUUGCUUUCAUUGUUGACUGUAAAGAUCCCAAAGCUUGCACAGUACUCCUGAGAGGUGCAAGCAAGGACCUGCUCAAUGAAGUGGAGAGAAAUUUGCAGGAUGCAAUGUCUGUGGCAAGGAACAUAAUAAAAAAUCCAAAACUUGUUCCUGGUGGCGGAGCUACUGAGCUUACUGUCUCAGCUAUGUUAAAACAAAAAAGUUCAUCUGUUGAAGGCAUAGAAAAGUGGCCUUAUGAAGCGGCUGCAAUUGCAUUUGAGGCUAUACCAAGAACGUUGGCACAGAACUGUGGGGUGAACGUGAUUCGGGUCAUGACUGCUUUACAAGGAAAGCAUGCAAAUGGUGAGAAUGCAUGGAUUGGCAUAGAUGGAAAUACUGGUGAAAUUGCUGACAUGAAGGAGCGCAAGAUAUGGGAUUCAUAUUCUGUGAAGUCCCAGGCUUUCAAGACGGCCAUCGAAGCUGCUUGCAUGCUCUUAAGAAUUGACGAUAUAGUGAGCGGGAUCAAGAAGAAGCAAUCCCCUGGAGCAGGCCAGGCUCAGUCGAAACCUACUGUCGAGCAGGAAGGUGAUGCAGAUAAUGAGAAUAUGAUUCCUGAAUGAACAAGUAAAUCUGGGCCUGACUGCAUUUCUGAUAUGUAAAUUAUAUUUUCCUUAAAAAACCAUUCUUGAAAAAUUUUGGCAUCCCAUUUUGAGUUUCAGAUUGGGGUAAGUAGUUAGUUUCUUUUGCCCCAUUUUGUCACUAUGAAUUCUGAAUUCUAAUGUUUUAGGGCUAUUCUAAGGUUUUUAGGACUUUCAAUGUUCUUA